AUGCCUCUUUCUGCUGUUGAAGCUUUUGAAAAGCGUCAAUUGACACGUGACGAUGGUGAGAAGGUCGUUCCACCGUCUCUAGCCCUCGUCGCUGCACUUGAGUCUGGAUACCGGUUUAAACUUUCUACCAUGGAAGAGGCGGCGGUCUCUGGGAAAUAUCCUGGAUUAUUGACAAAAGAUGAGUUUCUCUCACUUUGCGAGAAAAACCCUGAUAACUGUCUUGAUUCAGAAGCGAUGGCUAAACACAUUUCUGUGCUUGCACCAAAUGGUUUGGUUACUCGUGCUUCCCUUCAAGAGGCUGCAGCAAAGACAGGAUCAAGUGAAGAUGCUCUUACCAAUGAUGAGAUUGACGCUCUUUUUGAUGUUCUAGAUGAGAACAACACCGGAUCUAUUUCAGCUGAAGUGCUUAUGGGAGCAAUCUAUGGACAACAAGGAAGGGAGGCUUUAACGAAGCAGAGGAAGGAGUAUGCGAGAGCCAAAGAAGAAGCAGAAAAGGAGGCAGCGGCCAAGGAGCAAGCAGCCAAAGAGGCGGCAGAAAAGGAGGCAGCGGCCAAGGAGGCAGCAGCCAAAGCGGCAGCAGAGAAGGAGGCAGCUUCCAAGCCUGCCGCUGCUCCGAAGGCCGAAGCUCCAGCUGCCAAGAAACAGAAGACAAUGUGUGGAUGUUGA